GGUGGACGGACUGGCGGGCGGAAGAGGGAGAGAGAGAGAGAGGGGCGGAAGAGGGUGCGAGAGAAAGCGUGCGGAAGCGAGGGAGGGCGCUCGUCUCCACGAGCCAACCGAUAUAGGGAGGCAUCCUUGAAGUUGGUGGUGUGUAGCAGUGAAGGUGAGACGGGGAGAGGGCGGAGGAGAGAGAGGACGUAGAGGACGGAGAGGGUGACAGAGGAGGAGGAGGAGGAGGAGACGCAAAAGAAUGCGUUUGUGACAAGCUGGCAGCAGAGCUCGGCGAGGGAACUUAGUCACUAAUCGAGUGCGAGAGUGGGGAGGUGGGGGGAAGUGGUGGUCCCGCGUCGUAUGCCCCUCGUGUGGAAGGGAGGCUACCUGUAGUACGUGCAUGUCCAUUCUUUCAAUCUUUUUUGUCUCCUCUUUUUUCCAUCGCUCGCCAGCCACAGGGCUUCUUCGUUCAACGGCACGACUUUUUAAUUGUUUCCGGACCUGGCAAUUGUCGCAGACAACGUUCUUUGCGUCCUUCUGCAUCUGGUCGAAUCUCAGUCCAUGUACAUGUAGUGUUGAGUAGUGGAGCGCGGUCCAUAGACCGGCGGCGUUCGUCAGUACGUGUCGUUUUCAGUCACCCCGGAAUAGAGUGAGGCGAUCGUGCAAAGGAGCGGGUUUUGAGAGGUGGAAGAGAGAGAGAGAGAGAGAAAGAUCGUGGGGUGGUAUUGUAUGAGUGGGGUUGAAGUUUGUCAGCAAUAGAUUGUUGGUGUAGUAGGAGUGGGUUGAGAAUUGCACAGAGAGAGAGGGAAAAAGAGAGGGACGGAGGGAGGAUCGUUGGGGGAGCAGAUGCGUACGAUUCUGGUGGGGUAGUCUAUGGUGGGAAGGAGUGAGUGUGCGGGCGGUGAGUGUGUGUGCAAAGGUCAAGGAAUUCUCCGUUCGACUUGAGAGAGACAGACAGAUACAUAGGUUCACAGACAUACUCCACUUACACCUGAAGAGCUAUAGGGCGCGCGCCUUGGCUCUGGAUCCAUUCAUCAAGCUUGACCUAUUCUGCACGUAAUCCUGUCUAUACAUUGAUUCCUUUGCCUACCAAGCUAUCUGUCUACCGAUUGGUGAUUUGGGGUGCAAAACCUAAUCCCUCGUCGAGUGGACAAGCAGCUCUCACAUCUGCCCCAUUUCUUGCACACUUCAAACGACGACGUUUCAGCGCACAGAGAGAGGGAGAGAGAGAGAGAGGAGUAUAGGUCAUCUGAAGAUGGUGAACGUGGAGGUACGGGAGCGUGUGACGAGGAGGUGGUUCGAUCGAUGGGAGAGUUUCGUUGGGAGCAGUCCUCUUCGAUUCGCAGUCGCUGGUAAUCGGAAGGUCUCUGUGCGAGACAUAGAGGCAGCGGGAGGCGGAGGUGGAGGUGCUGCCACGUCAGCAGUCUGGGCGACGGCAGCGUCGCCCGCUGCCGCUCCCCCGGCGUCCUCUGGAGGACUGGUGGAGUUGCUGCCACGUCAGCAUGAAGAUGGGGAUAUGUCGAUGUCGGUAGGUAGCAGCAACAGCCAUGGCAAUGGUGGGGGUAAUCGACGGGGGAGGGAGGGGUCAACGGGGGGGGGGAGGAAGAGGAGGGGGGGGGGGUUGUUAUGGAGGCCGGAAGUGGCUGUCGCUCAUGUAGAAGAGGAGUGUUUCCCAGAACCGGGAUCGGGAGCGGUGGCGAUGACGACUUGUUGGGUGUCCGCUGAUACCGAUGAUGCAAGCCGCGGCGGCCUUGGCUUCGGAGGCGGUGGAGGAGGCGGAGGGGGAGGCGGAGGCGGAGCGCAGCUGAGGAAGCUCUUGGAUAGGGCGGCGGCGGCUGCUGGGGGGGGGUCAUCAGUAAACCUAUCAUCAACUGCAAGUGUAAUGGCAACAGCGACGCCCCACUCAGCCGCUGAUGAUGAGCAACAAGGAGAGGAAGCGGUUGACAAAUCUCUCUCUCUCUCUUCUUCUUGUUCUUCUUUGGCUCCUGAAGCUGCGGCGGGUGCAAAUUGUAAUAUAAGUCAUCACAAUAAUAAUCCUAUUAAUAAUGUUGUGGGUAUCGAUUGCUUGUCGGAUUUGGCUUUGGCUAAAGUGUUCAGCCAUCUGUCAUCGACGGACUUGGGCCACGCGUCGCUCGUGUGCAAGCGAUGGUGCGAUCUGGCGGACCAUACGCGAACCCACUUGAAGUUGAAGAUUAGCAAUCUGUGUCCAGGGAAUAAUAUGGAUUCGACGACAUCCUCUUCUUCUUCUUCGGAGUCGUGUCCCGACCCCGACGAGCUUCUUCAUCGGCUCUUGAUGAGGUGGCCCUCGCUGACGCAUGUCGAGUUCAACUGCGUCCAGGCGUCGCCGAUGCGUACGCCUGGUCGCUAUCGCUCCCGCCUGGACUUCGGUAAUCACACGAUGGAUCUGCUGGGGAUGAUAUCGGGGCCCCGACUGCAAGAGCUGGUGCUGAUCGAGUGCCUGCACAUCGACGCGUCGUCAAUCGCCACGUGUCUUCGCCGCUGCAAGAACCUGAAGCGGCUGCAUAUAGAGCGGCUGAACCUGCGCGGGUGUUUCCACGGAGCGGGGGCUUUCGCCUGCUACUGCUCCAUUCAAGAUGAGCUCGUCGAGGCCAUCAGCGAGGUCAACACGUUGACUCAUCUUUGGAUAGAGGGAUGUACAGGUCAGAUCACGUCGGGGCAGCUGACACGUGUCUUAUCCACUCCGAAUUUGGAGUCGCUGGCUCUCGACGUGAAGAUGUGGCCGUGGCCUGAGAUCGUGACGCUGGAGCAGGGAGCUGGCGGAGGAGUGGGGGUGGACGCGCCCUCGCCCAACGUCGUUUUCCCGCCAAAUAACAAGAUGAAGGAGCUGACAUGGAUCUCGCUUCAUCCGAUGUACUACCCGAACUUCGUCACGCUGACGCUUUCCUGCACCAAUCUGGAGACGUUGAACCUCAGCUGCUGCAUCCUGGAGGCGGGAAUCAUGGGAGUGGUGAUGAGGGAGUUGUGCAAGGGGUUGUUGGCCUUGAGGUUGGUGAGUUGCAGUUUUGGAGGCCACUCGUUGCUGCCGUUCCCAGAGGUGUUGUGUCCAAGGCUAAAGGAGCUGCAGAUUGUAGGCACGUCGGGGGCAGCAGACAUUCAGUGUAUCGCGGAGUCGUGUCCAGCGCUGAGACGGCUGGUGGUAGAGGAGCCGGAAAUCAUGAUGCUGCAGGAGCGACACGUGUCAUGCGGAUGUGGAUUGGGCUCAGCGAUAUACCGAUUAGCAUCGAGAGCGAGGAGGGCGCUCCGCGUUCGCGGCCGACGGUUGUCCACUUGGCAGCCUGGUGCUGUCUUCUAGACUCCCCUCCCUCCCUCCCUCCCCUCUUUUUGUGUUCUUGUUGUUGUUCUUGUACAUCUCAUGCUGGAGAGAGAGAGAGACCGAGAGACAGAGAGAGAGAGAGAGAGUAAAGAGAGGAAUAGCAUUUGUCUUAGGGGAGGAUGGGAUUGUUGGGUACACGUCGAGGUGGUGGAAUACGGAUGCUGGUGAUCCGUGUUUGACGGGCAGGCUGGGAGGCGACAAGUGGCAUGCGGAUGAGCUCUGCGGAAUACUUGCUGGUAUAACGACGAAGGCGUGAAGAGUAUAGGAUAUGGAGGUCUGCUGUGGCAGUGGUUAGGUGAUAAUAGGUAGAGUUGCAUGCGCGAGAGAGUGGCUUUGGCAAUGGGGCGGGGAGAGGUGAUUUGGAUUCGAAAGGCUCUCGCCGCGUUGUGUAUGUGUAUGGCUUCUCGACGACGAGUGUGAGACGAGUAUGAGAAGCACGGUGGCUUAUUUGCUUAUUGCGUGAACGAGGGAGGGGAGCUCCCAAGUCUGGAUGGAAGUAGGUAAGAAAAAGGUUAUGAUGAUGAAGUGGGCGGCGAAGUUAUCGGCUUUGUUUUGUCGUGACUCGCGUCACACAGAGAGAGAGAAAGAAAGAGAGAGAGAGAGGAUUGUUUAUAGUGAAGAGUUGAAGGAGAGGGCGGUGUCGAGGAAGAUGAGGCCUCGUUGAUUUGUAUUGUAUAUAUAUACAUAUAUAUAUAUGAGAUUGCGAUUAGAGCUUUAGACAUUUGGUGCGAAGGCCGAUGAUGGAUUGUCGACCGUAGACGCAAUUUCGUUGAUCAGAAUCACAAUUUCGUUAAUUAGAAUCUUUUGUAGUUUCAUCAUUGUAGAGACCUUCCGUUUCCGUUCGUUUCUUAUAGAGUUGCGUCUACCUACCUAAUAGCAUCGCGCUCGCACUAGGGGGGGAAAUAUCCUACAUUGAGACACAGAGAGAGAGAGAGAGAGAGGUGAAGACAAGUGACGGCAUUUUUUUGUCUUGUCGGUCACUAGGAGGUUUGAAAGAAGGUUUGAAAGAAGUUGCAGUAAUUCUUAAAUAGGCUUAAAUAGGGAAAUGGCGCGCGAUCCCAUAUCAAUGGAUGCUGUCCACGCAAUUCUUCGGCGGUGAAUUAUUGAUAUGCGCCGACUCGCUGAAAAUCUCCAGUGGUAGAGAGAGAGAGAGCGAGAGCCAGAGAGAGAGACAGAGAGAGAAGAGAACUCUUUGUACGCGGGAGGAGUUGGGGAGUCCAGAGGAGAGGAAGUGGUUGGAUGUGACGAGUUUUUAUGUCCCUCCAUAGGGGGAGGUAUUCAUGCCGUUUGAUUUCUAAAUUCAACUUCUAGCCUACUACGAUU